GUUUUUAGUGCGUUACUGUUAUGACGUCACGGUGGUUUCGUGGACGAUUGGCGAAGUUUGCGUUUAACUUGUGAGUCAGGUCUUGCUAACUGCAGGUAAUUAAGAGCUAAUAGCUAAAGCUUUAGAUUUAUUGAUGACAAUCGAAAUCGCAAAUCGACUCUGUUAAUUAUACCAAGAAUUUUUAUCAUCUUCCUAUUUCUGAGGAAAAUAUUUUUGUCGUGAUUACCACACUGCAACCAUAACAUUAUCCUACUAACUUAUCCUCUAAUCUCAAAGUGAAGAAGUCGACGAAAAACUCUAAAUAAGAAUAAACUCAGAAAGCUUUUCAAAGAACCUUUUGUGGAUAAAUUCAACGAAUAAAAGCUACGAAGAAAGUUUAUCAAUAGAAGGUGGAGUAAAUAUGAAUAACUUCAGAGACAGAACCGGAGAAUUUCAAUCGGUUAUUAAAUCUAUAUCAUCGAAACAGCAACUCAAUAAUGGAUCAGUUGUUAAACCUGUAAAUAAAUUACAACAAAGAAGUCAGUUCAUGCAAGUAGCAAGAAAAAUUGGGCGAGAUUUAGCACAUACUUGCGAAAAACUAGAAAAACUCUCUCUACUUGUAAAAAGAAAGUCUCUUUUCGAUGAUCAACCUAUGGAAAUUCAAGAAUUAACAUAUAUAAUUAAACAAGACAUUAAUCAAUUGAAUUCUGAUAUCGAUAAUCUGCAGAAAUUUUCGAGAGAAAAACAGUCAAAUAGUAGACAUAAACAACUUCAUUCUAGUACUGUAGUUAUCUCUUUACAGUCCCGUUUGGCUAAUGUAUCAUGCGACUUAAAAAAUGUUUUGGAAACUCGAACAGAGAGUAUGAAGGAACAAAAGGCAAGAAGAGAACAAUUUACCCAACCUCAAAGAUUAUCGUCUGCACCGCCGGCAGCAGCAGAAGCCAAGCAUUCAUUGAUUAUGAAGGAUGAAGCUGCUGCUCAAGCUGCGGCAGCUAACUCGCAAAAUGGUCUUGUUAGCAUAAACAUGGAUACUUCGUCAUCUCACGGAUCUCCACAAUACCAACAACAAUUGCAGCUCAUCGAACAACAAGAUGCUUAUAUACAAGAUAGAGCAGAUGAUAUGAAAAAGGUUGAAGAAACGAUUGUUGAAUUAGGAAGUAUUUUUGAGAAAUUAGCUGUUAUGAUUCACGAGCAGGAAGAAAUGGUUCAAAGGAUUGAUUCGAAUGUUGAGAAUACUCAGUUAAAUGUUGAAGCUGCACAUAGUGAAAUUCUGAAGUAUUUUCAAUCAGUAACAUCUAAUAGGUGGCUUAUGAUAAAAGUAUUCGGAAUUUUAAUUUUUUUCUUCAUCAUUUUCGUCGUAUUGGUGGCUUAA